AUGAAUCACUCACCGUGUGUUGCAGUGUAGUUGCGUUUCGUUUAUGGGCUGGCCAAACUUAAACAACAUGAACUACGCCCUCAAUGCUAUUCGUCCGUGGUAAACAUUAUCGCUUUAUCUGGGAUCCUAUUGGUGCAGAAAAAGUUGAAAUUCGAUCAUUUACGCCUCCUUUGCUUAAUAUUAAAGAGGCUGUGGAGCAUUUAUUUGUAAAUAUCUUUAAAACAAACCGAUAGAGUCUUAAACCAUAUAGUUAUGACGCUGUAAUAGGCGCUGCUGUGAAAGUGGACGGUGUAGUGGAGUGUAGCUAACGUUCGCUAGCAUCGUUAGCUUGCUGCGGAUCCACAGAACUGCGCGCGUGUCCGUGUUCGGCUAUCACGAUCACAACAAUUGCACAGACCGACUAGAAUUUAGUGCUACUAAAGUUGGCAUCAAAAUGGCCUCUAUAGCAGCGCCGCGGGAGCCCAACAUAACCCCAGGUUCUGUUCCGCUUGCGGAUGCUUUGAUACCGGCUAGUAUAUUUGCACCGGACCGGGCGGGGAGCGGAGACGACGCCGGGGACGAUUGCUUCGAGGACGGCUGCAUGAUAAACGGCGAGCCCGAGGAUCUGAGGAUCGACUUUAGCAGCAAGCUUGCACUUGUUAGCCCAAACGGAGAGCAGUAUGACUUGUUACUCCGGCAGCUUCGGGACAGGAUGGAUGAGGGAAGUGGAGAGACCAUCUAUGUAGUUGGGAUGGGCUCUGGUGAGAAACCUACAGUUCUGCAGCAGCUCAUAAACAUGAGGUAGCAUACAAAUGAAAUGUCCCGUUGUCAUUGUGCGGUUCUUCUCUUUGUUAGACGGUGGUGACUGGGGUCUGAAUGAUAGCGAUAUGGAGGCCUCGGUAGCGACAGUGCGGUCUCUUUGUGAGCAGCUGGAUGCCGACCUUAUCCCUCUGAGAGAUCGCAGUGAGGCUGCUGGUUUGGUGCGGGACUAUCUGAUACGAAGGCGGGUGGGUGAGCUGGACUUCUUGGAGGUCAGGGUUGCAGUAGUGGGUAACGUAGAUGCUGGGAAGAGCACUCUGCUGGGAGUGUUGACACAUGGGGAGCUGGACAACGGCAGAGGCUUUGCCCGGCAGAAACUCUUCAGACACAAGCAUGAGAUGGAGAGUGGAAGGACCAGCAGUGUGGGCAACGACAUUCUGGGCUUUGACCAAGAGGGCCAGGUGGUGAACAAACCAGACAGUCAUGGAGGAAGUCUGGACUGGACCAAAAUCUGUGAGAAAUCAUCCAAAGUCAUCACCUUUAUAGACUUGGCCGGCCACGAGAAGUACCUCAAGACCACCGUGUUCGGGAUGACGGGUCACCUCCCCGACUUCUGUAUGCUCAUGGUUGGCAGUAAUGCAGGCAUCGUCGGGAUGACCAAAGAACACCUCGGCCUGGCUUUAGCUCUGAAUGUGCCUGUUUUUGUAGUGGUAACCAAGAUAGACAUGUGUCCAGCCAACAUCUUACAAGAGACACUAAAGCUGCUUCAGAGGUUACUGAAGUCUCCAGGCUGCAGGAAGAUUCCUGUCCUGGUCCAAAACAAGGACGAUGUCAUCGUUGCUGCUUCAAAUUUUAGCUCAGAAAGGAUGUGUCCAAUAUUUCAAAUCUCCAAUGUAACUGGAGAAAACAUGGACCUGCUCAAGAUGUUCCUCAACCUGCUCUCCUCCAGGACGUCCUACAGGGACGAUCAGCCCGCUGAGUUCCAGAUAGACGAUACUUACUCUGUUCCGGGAGUGGGAACCGUGGUAUCAGGAACUACUUUACGUGGACUCAUACGUCUGAAUGAUACGAUGUUAUUGGGACCAGACCCUCUUGGGAGCUUCAUCCCGAUUGCUGUUAAAUCGAUCCAUCGCAAGAGAAUGCCAGUGAAGGAGGUCCGAGGAGGCCAGACCGCCUCCUUUGCCCUUAAGAAGAUCAAGCGCUCGUCCAUACGGAAAGGAAUGGUGAUGGUGUCACCAAAGCUCAACCCUCAGGCAACUUGGGAGUUUGAAGCAGAGAUCCUCGUACUUCAUCAUCCCACCACGAUAUCACCCAGAUACCAGGCCAUGGUCCACUGCGGCAGUAUCAGGCAGACAGCCACCAUCUUAUCCAUGAACAGAGACUGCUUACGGACAGGAGACAAGGCAUCAGUUCACUUCCGCUUCAUCAAAACGCCCGAGUACCUGCACUGCGACCAGAGGCUGGUGUUCAGGGAGGGGCGCACCAAGGCUGUGGGGACCAUCACAAAGCUUUUGCAGUCCACCAACAACAUGCCAUCAAACUCCAAACCCCCCCAAAUCAAAAUGCAGUCCACAAAAAAGACAGCAGCCCGAAAGGAGGACGGCACCGCGGCUACUGGCGACGAGGCGCCGACGAUAGCACAGCCGUCAGGUUCCAGCACGGCACAGGAGGGAGAGGGGGAUGAUGACCCUCAGAUAAAAGAGGGCAACAAAGAGAACAAGCCAAAGUCCGGAGGCGGCGGGAGGAGAAGGGGAGGCCAAAGGCACAAGGGCAAAGGUCAGAACAGCAGCACCAACCCUGCAGCAGCUCCCUCCUCAUCGGCAACAGGAAACUAAUCUCCCAUCAUGCCCCGCUCUUUCCAGAAAGUCAUUUCACAAACCGUUCAUGAAUGAGAUGUUGGGAGCAGAGACGGUUUUACUCCCUGCCUUUAACAUCACAUCUUUGUGGAUUUUCAGUUCAGCUGCCUUUGGUUUUGGUGAUCACAGUUUCCUGUUAGGUGGGCCUCCCCCUGAAAUUGAGCAUUAAUUUAUUUUAGAAGUGAAAGAGUUUUGAUUGGAAAGAGUGAAAAUAGAAAAUAAAAGGUCCAGAGACCUAAAUGAGCAGCUAUGAGUGAACCUCCCUCUUGCAUUCCCCUGUAAACUGUGCAGAUCACAAGUUCAUGUAGCAGAAGGUGCACAAAGAGUUUAGAUAUUUGGAAAAUAUAAGCUACGGCAUUUUAUAGUUGUCAAGUUAUUUAUUUGGCAUUCAUGCAGAACACGUUGAAGUAUUUGGGAUCUUUCUACCAACUCCGAUUCAAUAGUCUGUGCAGCUUCAUGCGUCACUUUGAAACCUGGAUGUUUAAACGCAGCACACGCGUGGGUUUAGCGGUUGCUAAUGAUCAUAAUGCCGUGUGUUUCUCUAGUACUAAUGCGUUAGGGCCUGUUGCCGUUUACAUGUUGUGACAUUUUGAAAAUACUUUGCUGAGGGAAAAAGAAUAAAGUCACUAAAACUUUU